CUAUUCAAUAUUGUAAACUGGCCAUAACACUUUAAUCAUGAAUUUGCUGACGUCAGACCUAUACGGGAUAUCCUUCGGCGGCACAAAAUCUAGAUUGAACACAGUUGUAAACUUAAACAAACAAAAUGGAUAAAACAUUCUUCGGGCUUUUGAUUAUUUAUACAUGUACAGGUACAGUGACAUGUCUAGAGUACUGCUACACGGGGUACGCACAAAGUGAAUACUGCACAUACUACUGCUGUACAAGUUCCUAUAGCAUCUACGAUUACUGCUGCACGGCACGCUUUGAAUACUGGAUAAUCGCCCCUAUCGUCAUCGGAGUAAUUAUUUUGAUCUCCGCCGUCGUUUUUAUCUGUAUAUGUUGCUGCAAGACCGUUAAUGGCAUGACGCGCUAUCAGUCAUGGACGGCUAGGCGAUUCGGGGGAACAACAAUAGCGACGGCCAUGUCGGUAAAUCAACAGACGAUGAUGAACAACAUUUCAUACCCUCCUCAGCAAGCGUACCAAGGAUACCCCAUGUACCAGCAACCCUACCAAAUGGGCCAACAACCAUACGCCCCGGGGUCACAGUUCGGCGGACCUCAAAUUCCAACUCAGUCGGGUGGGCCGGGACCACAGUUCGGCGCAUCUCAAAUCCCCACACAGCCGGGUGAGUCGGGAUCACAGUUCGGCGGACCCCAAAUCCCCGCUCAGCCGGGUGGGUCUCAGCCGUCUGUACCUCCUCCGUACUCGGUAAGCUACGGCCAGGAUCCAAGCUUUCCACCGAAAUACUAACACGGCUGUCAUUGAAAACGGAAAGCCUUACAGCGAUUAUAUGAGUAUAUACCGGCGGUUGUUACGAUGGAUUGACAAUGGCUUCUCAAAUUUACCUGUUUCAUAUGUGUGUGUCUAUUGUUUUGAAGGCAUUGUGUUUGGAUUCAAUUAUGUGCUUUAAGAUAAUGAGUUAUUUGAUAACUACAAGUUAGUAUUUUACGACAACGGUUAACAAAAUAUAAAUAUUGUUUGCAUCAAAUAGCGUAGUACGCAAUCAGUUUAAUCGAUUUUGUACACUGCCCGCAUACGUUUACAUAUAAAAUAAUGUAACAUAAAUGAGUUCAAGUAACUAAAUCCAUAAAUGACGGCAUGUUGCAGUGGUCUUUUAUUUGGACCUAACAAUAUGUGUCCUCUUUGAGUAUAAAGUUACUUAAACUAUGAUAUUUUGAAGUCUGAAUUGAAACACUACCACUACAACCACUACUACUGCUACUACUACUACUACUACUACUACUACUACUACUACUACUACUACUACUACUACUACUACUACUACUACUACUACUACUACUACUACUACUAAUACUACUACUACUACUACAACUACUACUACAACAACUACUACUACUACUACUACUACUACUACUACUACUACUACUACUACUACUACUACUACUACUACUACUACUACUACUAGUACUACUACAACUACUACUACUACUACUACUACUACUACUACUACUACUACUACUACUACCACUACUACUACUACUACUACUUCUACUACUACUACUACUACUACUACUACAACUUCUACUAAAACUACUACUACUACUACUACUACUACUACUACUACUACUACUACUACUACUACUACUACUACUACUACUACUACUACUACUACUACUACUACUACUACUACUACUACUACUACUACUACUACUACUACCACUACUACUACUACUAUACUACUACUACUACUACCACUACGUCUUCUACUACUACUGCUAGUACAACUUCUACUACAAGGUUUAGUCUGUCAAUUUAUGAAUUUGCAAAUCGUGCUAUAUACACAUAUAAAGCACCAAACUUAUACUUAACACAUUAGCAACAUCAAAAUGUCUUGUCUUUAGGGUUUACUAAUACAACAAACAUAUGAAAGUUUACUUAAUUGCAAAUGAAAUCUGAAUAUCUUAAAAUAUUUAAGAUGUGUAAUGAAAAAACUGAACAGCCCCAUUCAUGAAAGGGGCUGGAAGGUCUAUUACCAACGCACCAAGUAAGAAACAUAAAAUGUUGUUUGGUGUGUUGAAAUUUCAAAAACAUUUAUUUAUAUUCAAUGUUAACUUUGAAUUUGUUUCUUUCACUGCAAUACUUGCACCUUCAGGUAGUUGGUAAUUUAAAACAGGUUAAACAAUCAUUAUUCCAUGACACUAGACUAUUUACUAUUUAUAUUUUAACUGCCAUUUAUCACUCCAUGACACUCUUUUGUAAUUGAUACACUAUUGUGUAUGAGUCUUUUAUAAACGUCAACUCAAGUGAGUAUUAUCUAAUGAUAUAAACAACCCAACGUGUGACAACAACGAAGUUGAAUAUAACAGUGCGGCAUCAGAAACAGGGUACCGAGUUAACAUUGUUGGAAGCUAUGGUCCAUUGCACAAUACAAAAGGUGGUAGAUAUAGUCUGUUUCAUAAUAUAACAUAUCCCUCUUUUUCUAAAAAGACAAAAUAUUAUAUGUUGGUAUAACAUGUUACGUAUCUGUGAAAUAUUAUUAUGGUAUAAAGUUAUCAAAAUAUUGAAUUUUAAUCAGAGUUUUGAACAAAAUAUUGACGAUUAAUAACUGUUAGUUUAUAAUCCAAGUAUUAUAUAGAUUUAUCACAUGCCAUACCCUAUUCGCCAUGUACUAUAACCAUUACAUAUGUUUUAUAUUACACAUGUGUAAUACAACAUUUUGUAAGCGUU